AACUUUUUUUACUGUGUGUGUUCUUUUGUUUUCCCGUGCACUUGUUUCUGUGCUGAUGAUUGAGGUUUAUCUGUUUCGGACCUUCCAGAAGAACCAGAAACAGACAAUUGUCUUUUUUAACUGCGAAAAGUUGUAAUUUUAUGGAUGAUUGUUGCAGUGGACAAACAUAGCACAUGCGUUUGUUUUCAGUGCUUGCGUUUUCGUCGUCCCCUUUUGGUCUUCAUUGGGAUAUCAUUCCUGUUCUUGAUUAGUUCUGUGUGUUGAUGAUUUCCCCAUACUUGGGCUCAGCCCAUGGUUUUAACUUUGUGGUUAGAUUUCUGAUUGGUCUCUAUGGAUAUCUGAAAGUUGAUGGAUGAAUCUUUAGAUUAAACAUGUCACAUGGAAGACGAGGUGCUCCAUCUAUGUCCUUCAAGUAGUUAGGAUUGGCCCGUUUGGUUAAGUUUAUCCUCCCGAUUGGUUGUUCCUUUUAGAUUUCGUCAUAGAUGUUUAAGAUACUACAUCAUAGUUGCAACAUUCCUGAGCUUGUCAUAUUCAAUGCUGUAAAUCUUUGUUAGUAACAGUUCUGAUUAAAGUUGAGAUCUCGUGUUACGAAACAGAUGGGUGAAUCUGUGAAAUCUGGUGCUGCUAGACUGGAAGUUUCAGUUUCAUUUGGUAGGUUUGAGAAUGAUGCACUUUCUUGGGAGAAGUGGUCAUCAUUCUCUCCAAACAAGUAUUUGGAGGAAGUUGGAAAUUUAUCGACGCCUGGAUCAGUAGCCCAGAAGAAGGCAUAUUUUGAAGCUCACUACAAGAAGAUUGCAGCUAGGAAAGCUGAGGAACUGGAGCAGGAAAAGUCGACGGACCCCGUUACUCCAAGGCCAGAUAUAUCAAGCAAGGAAGAUUAUGCUGAAACUACAUCAGAGGUAGAUACUAAAUUUGGUUUGUCCAAUGGAGAGAAAUUAGUUGCAGUUGUGCAGGAAUAUGAAGCCAAAUUUGGUUUGUGCAAUGGUGAGAAAUUAGUUGAAGGAGUUGCAGAGGAAAAUGAAGCUGGUGCCGAUGAGGCAAAAGAUGAUGCUGCUAGGUCAUCUGAAGGGGAUGAUCAGAGUGCCUGUACCAAUGCUUCAAUCAACGCAAUCACUUCAAAGGAGGAAAAAGAGGAUGAUGCUGUUGCUGUCGAGUGUGAAACCUCUGCAAUCGAGGAACCCAAGGAUGAGUUGAAUGGUAAUUUGGAUGAACCGGAAUUAAAUGUCAGAAAAGAAGCUGUGUUGGUUGGUCUUGAGACUCCUCGGAAGGGCUCUCAACCAGUGGAAAAACCUUCAGAAAGAAAAAAGGGCAGAGAACAAUCAAGCAAAGUGAAAAAGGAAAAUUCUAAGUUGAAUUCACGGCCUAUUGCUCAAAAGGUAACUCCAGCAAGAAAGGAAAGAACUUUGGCUGGGACAAAGAAGAAUGCUGUAUCACCUGCAGCUAAACCAUUGCAAACGUCAACUCCUAUAUACUCAAAGCGAGCCUCAACUUCCACACCGGUAUCUGCCUCUCAGUCCUUGAAAAAGAAGGUGAACGGGUCACCAAUAUCAAAAAGUAAGAAUUCUCCUGUUGGAGAAAGCAAGAGAGCAGCUCCUACAUCCUUGCACAUGUCUCUUAGUUUGGAUCCCGGGAAAUCUUGUGGUGCUCUCUCCAUGGAUAGGAAGUCAUUGAUAAUGGAGAAAAUGGGAGAUAAGGAUAUUGUUAAGCGAGCUUUCAAGACUUUCCAGAAUCGUACUAGUGUAUCUACAACUGAAGAAAAACCAAGUCCUGUGAAGAGUGUGUCGUCUACUGCAUCUGAGCCAAAGAUUUCCACUUCCCACACUCCUAGAAAGGGGAAUGAAGGAUUGAGGAAGGAUGCUGAAAAGAGGGCAACUCAAAGGAGUCAAUUGGGAACUAGAUCAAAUCCUCUGCCCACAGGAUCACAUACAGUCUCUGGACUGGAAAGGAAAAAUACAAAGGCAGUCUCACCCACUACUGGCUUGAGAAAUGAUGAGAAAGCUGAAAAGCGGAAAGAGUUUCUAAAGAAGUUGGAGGCAAAAUCAAUCGCCAGAGAGACAGAAAAAGCUCAGCUUAGUAAAUCAAAGGUGGGUGUUAGCACGAGAUCUGUCAACGGCCUGUCCCUGAAUCGGUGAAGAUUGUCUUCAAACAUUUCCAGGUUGAGGAGAAUCACAUCUUCACAGAGAACAUUUGCUGAACAUGCUGGAAAGUCAAGCACCUGACAAGAACUGGCUUCUUGAUGGAAUCCAGACUUACUAAUGAGCAGCAGCAGUUUUUGCAGUAAGGAAGAUUCAUAUCCCUCCUGCCGUGAGGUCAUAUAUCUUGCUUAGGAGAUUAGAGCUUAGGAUGUACUAGUUUCUGCAUAUACCUGCGUGGAGAAACUCAAUUCUGUUUAUCUUAUUCGUGGGAGAUCGUUUGUAUAUAGAAGGUUAUAUUUGUUUGUGUAUCAACAGAGAGUUUUCUCAUCAAAAUGAGGCACCAUAAUGUGUAUUGUACUAGCACAUUCCAACCCUAUUAAAUUUGAUUCCUGGUAGAACA